GGCGCAGGGGCGCGCGGGAGAACGCGCAUGCGCGCUCUUGCCUGGUUUGUCCCCCGUGCGCCGCCGUCCCUCGGCCGUAAAGCGCCGUCGACCGUCGGAGUGUUUGCUGCAGCAGCAGAGGUCACAACAACAAACCGAUCAGCAUGGGAGGAGAUCACGGCGGCGGGAAGCUGUCCAUGCCGGACUGGCGGCAGUGGAAAGUGCAGGGAACGCCCAUGGAGUUCACCCAGCAGCGUCUGGCAGCGCGGGGCCUCAAGGACCCCUGGGCGCGCAACGAGGCGUGGAGAUAUUCCGGCGGCUUCGCUCGCGCCGUGACUCUGUCAGAUGUUCUACUGAAAGGAUUCAAAUGGGGUUUUGCUGCUUUUACCGUCGCUCUGGCCAUAGAGUACGCCAUGUUUCCACCAAAGAAGGGUGGCCACUAAUUCUCCCCGUCGUCUCUCAACCCAACUCCACACCUGAUGCAGUGUAAUGAUGUGUAGAAUAAUAUGUUCAUUAAAUAUCUUUUUGAUCACCA